CGCUCUCAAUUUGACAGAUUUUGAUCUGUUUCCGGGGAGUGUCUGGUUCAGUUCAGCUCCUGGAUGCGGGGCUGGGUGUUGAAUCUCACUCCAAUUGGCCGAUUCCCGGCGCUGCUUUGACUUCCUGUUGCUGUUUCGUUUACUUGCCGCUGACCCUUUUGGGGUUUGGUGUUGGUGGAGUCGGAGGGGAGGAGAUUAUCCAGAAGCAAUGCAGAGGCAGACUAGGUAUAUGGAGAGGACUGAUUCUAUGAACAAUAGAGGGAAAAGAAGCUUGGAGAGUGAAGAGGAGCAGCCGGAGCGAAAGCGACCUGCUCUUGCAAGCGUCAUCGUGGAAGCUCUCAAGGUUGAUAGUUUGCAGAAGUUGUGCUCUUCGUUGGAGCCCAUUCUUCGCAGAGUUGUCAGUGAAGAGGUUGAACGUGCUUUGGCAAAGUUAGGUACUCCAAGACUUAAUGGAAGAGCUUCUCCAAAGCGAAUUGAAGGUCCAGAUGGACGAAACUUGCAAUUGAAGUUUCAAUCACGUCUGUCUCUUCCUCUUUUCACGGGAGGGAAGGUGGAGGGGGAGCAGGGUGCUGCAAUCCAUGUGGUUCUUAUUGACGCGAACACUGGCCAUGUUGUGACAUUUGGACCGGAAGCUUCAGUUAAACUGGAUGUUGUGGUACUUGAAGGUGAUUUCAACAAUGAGGAAGAAGAAGGGUGGACUCUUGAAGAAUUUGAGAGCCAUGUGGUUAAAGAGCGUGAAGGAAAGAGGCCCCUGUUGACUGGGGAUUUGCAAGUGACUCUGAAGGAAGGGGUAGGAACACUUGGGGAAUUGACAUUUACGGAUAACUCAAGUUGGAUUAGGAGCAGAAAGUUCCGGCUGGGCUUGAAAGUGGCACCAGGAUUUUGCGAGGGUAUUCGUAUACGUGAGGCAAAGACUGAAGCAUUUACUGUCAAAGAUCACAGAGGAGAAUUGUACAAGAAACACUACCCACCUGCACUUAACGAUGAAGUUUGGAGAUUGGAGAAGAUUGGGAAGGAUGGGUCCUUCCACAAGAGGCUAAACAGUCAGGGAAUAUUUUUUGUGGAAGACUUCCUCCGGCUUGUUGUUAGGGAUCAGCAGAAGUUACGGAACAUUCUGGGUAGUGGCAUGUCAAACAAGAUGUGGGAUGCUCUCUUGGAACAUGCAAAGACGUGCGUCCUUGGUGGGAAGCUUUAUAUCUAUCAUCCUGAAGAUAAUCGGAGUGUUGGAGUGGUGUUCAACAAUAUAUAUGAGCUGACUGGACUUAUAGCAGGGGAACAGUAUUAUUCUUCUGAUUCUCUUUCCGACAGUCAGAAGGUCUAUGUGGACUCUUUGGUGAAAAAAGCUUAUGAAAAUUGGGAUCAAGUAAUAGAGUAUGAUGGCAAGUCACUCUUAAAUUUCAAGCAGGUUAGGAGGUCAGCUCGGAAUGAACCUCAGAUGGGGGCUCUUGAGUAUCCCAAUACCGUUGAACAGCUACAGUUACCACGACUGCCUGUCCCAUUUUCAGCUGAGCAGCCUUCGGCAGAUUCAAGUUUGCCUGUUGGAGGUUAUAAUGAGGAUAUGAGUACGAGAUACUCAAACCAGUCGCAGCUUGUCGCAUCGAAUCCUCGUCCUCAAUUCCCCAGCAUCUCGUAUGCCCCCCAUGACCAGUUGGUCAGCACUUCCAAUCAAUUGCAAAGUUCAAGGACCGACAACAAUGUGGGACUAGCCCUUGGUCCCCCACAAUCAUCAGGCUUCCAGACCACAGGCUCAUCGAUCCACUCAUCAUCUAAUCUGAACCCGUUUGAUGACUGGUCCGGAAACCGCGAUAAGACGGACAUGGAGUUUUUGACUGAAGAUGAGAUCCGCCUGAGGAGUCAUGAGAUGUUAGAGAAUGAGGACAUGCAGCAUCUGCUACGGCUCUUCAGUAUGGGGGGCCAUGCCUCUAUCAGCGUUCCCGAGGAUGGGUUUGGGUUCCCUGCUUACAUGCCAUCUCCACAGCCAUUCGAUGAGGAUCGGGCCCGCUCAGGUAAGGCUGUUGUGGGAUGGCUCAAGAUUAAGGCUGCGAUGCGGUGGGGGUUCUUUAUUCGGAAGAAAGCAGCUGAGAGGCGGGCCCAGAUUGUUGAGUUAGACGAAUAGAGCAUUACAAUUCUGACUCAGAUUAGCUGGAGCUCUCCAUUAACUCGAGUGAGCCCGGGGACUCCUCUCCAACUCUCUGUGAUUCCAAGGGCUUAUAAUGGGAGAUUGGCUAAUUAUCCCACGUCGUGGAACACGGGAGGAGUCUGAUCUGCUUGUACAGAUGUCUGUACAGUAAGUUCUUUUUAUUGUCGUAAUUGGAAACCCCCUGCCAUAGAUUGUCUCGCAUAAGAUGCUCAUGACUUCUUUAUUCCUGUGUUAGUCUCUGAACUUCCCUACUAUUUUAUUGGAUGUUUGCUUUUGGGCUUCGGGGGAGGUGAUUGCCUGUGAUAUACUCAGUAAGUCAGGGAACAUUGUUAUCACCAUUAUUGUUCGUGUCUGCUGAUUUUAGGCAUUGCGUCCAGUUGCUGUGUUUCUGACUAUUUGUGUAAGUGGAUAACUGUUUCUUAGGGAUUGACUAUAAAUCUUCCUUUUGCUUCUUUC